CCCGUCACAAUAUCCAUGUGUUUCUUGGCUGGUUACGAAGCUCUUAUUGCCAUGCUCUAAGCCUCGUUUUACCAAGAUUUGUCUGUGUUAAUUCUUCCGUUUACAAAAGUGCCUUUAUAAAUAGGUCUGCGCUUCUGCAUGAUCCGUGCGCCAUCUGGACUUAGCCAAAGUUUACAGGUGACUUUGCCAGCGCAUUAUGUACACUAUUACCAGAGGUCCCAGCAAAUUGGUCACUCAGCGACGCACCGGUAAUACAGGGCCUACACAGCAGCUGGACAACAAAAUAAACGAUUUCAAGCACAAGCAGACUUCAUGGAGCAUGCCUGACCUCCCUGCACCCAAGAUAGUUUUCAACCGCCUGAAUGGAAAGAAGUACCAGCACCCUGCCCCAGCCCUCAAUACUGACAACCACCAUAAAGAGACUUUCACCCCUGCACAUGAGGACAACGUUAGAUUUGUGUAUGAAGCGUGGCAAGAGGUGGUGGAUAACUGCUCAACUCAAGCAUCAGAGGGACCCCAGAAGUCAAUCCAAUAUGCAGAGGAAAAUCCAAGUCCACACAUGAAGAACUUUGUCCCUAUUGACCUUGAUGAGUGGUGGGCACAGCGUUUCCUAGCUAACAUAGACAAGCUCUCCUGACACUGUUGAGGCAUCUAUGACUCGUGUGACUGAAAAAACACUGAAGUUCAUGUUGCGUGCCUUUGCCAGGAGGGACCACAGAGAUCUGAACGGUCUUAUGUGGAUCAGAAGUAUGGACAGUGCUGGGUCGCUGACCAUGAGACUGGCCAAAGCCUUACAAGGAUCAGUUCAUAAUGUUUAAGCUGCUACCGAUGAAACGCAGCACACCCCUUCAGGUCAUUUUUGUGUUGUAAGUAAAAUGCAGUAAAACAUGUUUUACAAAAA